AUGCAAUAAAAAACUCAAAGCGAUUCAGAACAAUCACAUAAAGUUUAGUAAUUCAUGAUUACAGAUGAGCAGAUAGGUGAAAUUCAUGAUUUUGUCAAUAAUUCUCUAUCUGAUGCCUACUAUCCUAUUUCACAAUAAAGAGGUUAAAAAUAAUCAGAGCCAACUCCUUUGUCUAAUGAAGAAUUGAGAAGCUAACGAAUGAGUAUUGAUAGUCCGGAAGCCAGAUUAAUUUUAUAAUCAUCUAGUAGGCAAUAAAAAGAUGAACCUUAGCAUUAAUUAACAUUAUUUUAAUCUUGGAAUGCAAUCAAAUUUAUAAGAAGAAUUAGUGAACGAAAAAGAAUAAACACAAAAUUUAGUCAAUAUUAAUACGAUUUAUUAAAUGAUAAAGGAUCAUCAUUCGAUUUAAAAUUAUUUAAGGAAAGUAGUUUACAUUUUAAGCCAAUGCACAGAGGUUUAAGAAGAUCAAAUUAAGUAGAGCAGAUCUAAAAGCCUUCAGCAAUAUAAUAAGUAAAAAGCUACCUCAUUAAUUAAAAAUAAAAUAUUAAACAAUUCUUUAACAGAAUUGAACAAUAACUUUCAAAAAUUCCAUUAAUAACCCCUGAAUCAAGAUGGAAAUUGAUUUGGGAUUGUUUUGUAGCAUGUUCCAGAUUAUAUUUCAUGUAUGUAAUUCCAAUAGAUUUGGGUUGGACAGAAAUUCCAGUGAUUUAUGGUUAGUUAUAUCCAGUUUCAGUUUUUGCACUAAUAAUUUUAUUAUUAGAUUAUCUCAUAAGCUUUAACAAUUCUUUUUAUUAAUUUGGUUAAAUAGCAAAUUAAAGAGCAAUAAUAGCUAAACACGUAAUUACAAAAAGUUAUGGCUUGGAAUCCAUAUCCUUAUUAAUUCUAAGUAUUUAUCUAUUUAAUUCUAAUUCCAAUUCAAUCAAUGUAUUAGAUAAUUGGGCAGAUGUUUUUAUUUCUUUAUUUUAUGUAUAAAGUAGAAAUAUUCCUAAAUUGAUUGCUUAAAUAGAAGAAGUGCUCAAUUUGUCUAAGCCUGUCUCAUCUAUGUUAGAGUUAUUAAAAUUGAUAUUGGUAUUGUUUUUUGUUUUGCAUUGUUACUCCUGUUUGUGGUUUUUUGUAAGUAAUAAGAAUAACUAUAUAAUUUAGGUUGGAGAAUAUAGCCACAAUCACUCAGUCUAGGGAAGUUGGUUAGAACUGUAUCAUAUUGAACAUGAAACCUUUGCUGUUUAGUAUUUGUUUUCAUUUUAUUAUUCUACAGUGACAAUGUUCACAGUAGGAUAUGGAGAUAUUACACCAGUUAGUUAUAUAGAAAGAAUUAUAUCUAUAUUCUAUAUGAUGUUUUGCAGCAUUUAAUUAAGUUAUAGUGUAAGUACAGUAGGCACAAUCUUAGACAAGAUAUCAGCAUAUGAAUAGGAAAAAAUGAAAAAGGUUCAUACAAUAAAUACUUAUAUGCAAAAUAAAAAGAUUGGAUAUGAACUAUAGUAUCAAGUAAGAGAAUAUUUGAAUUACUAUUGGUAAUCACAAAGUCAGGUAGAAUCACAAGAUGAAUAAAAUAUUAUUAAUUAACUAUCUUAAAAUCUUAGAGAAUAAUUAAUGUUACAAGCAAAUUCCAUCAUUUUAAAUGAGUGUCCUUUAUUUAAAAAUCAUUUUAGUGAUCAAUUAAAAAAUAAAUUAGUGAGAUAGAUAAAAUAAACAGUCAUUUAACCUGAAAAUAUAGUGGAAUUCGAUCAAAUAUUUCCAACUCUUCCUAAUGGUUAAAUCUUUAUGUGUUUUAUAGAACACGGAGAAGUUUAGAUCUUAAUUCAAAAUGAUUAGAAGGAUUCAAUUUAUUCACAUCAAUAAGUAUCUGUAAUUAGUAAAGUGGGAAAGGGUAGUAGUUUGGGCAUUUACAGUUUUAUUAGUGGUCAAAAAUCUAGAGAGAAAUUUAGAAGUCUAGGUUUCACAAAAUUGUUAUUGUUAUCCAGAGAUGAUUUCUUAAGAAUUUUGCCUGAUUAUCCAGAAGAUUAUGAAAGAUUUAGAAACAUUCAUGAUGGGCUUCUAUUUAAUCAAGAUUAUAUUUAACAUAUGAAAUGUUUCUCAUGUUAAUCCUCAACUCACAGAGUCAUGAAUUGUCCACUUUUGCAUUAUGUUAGUGAUAGAGAAUUUAUCAUUAAAAAGCAUUUAUUUACAAAAGAUCAUGAUAGAUAAAAUUUUAAAAGGAAUAUGAAAAGAUUUAUAAAUUAAUUUCAUGCAUUGGUUGAUUAAGAAGAGAUCUCUGAUAUUGCUCAAUUUUAUAGUAGCUGCAAUUCGAAGUGGACUGAAUUUUAUGAUGAACCUCCUGAAGAAGAAGAUGAACCCAAAAGUUCUUAAAUUAAAAAAAUUGAUGUUAUAGUUGCAUCCCCAGAUUUAACUUAAUCUCCAAUUUAAUAUCAUAGACCCUAACCAAGAUUCAGUAUUUUGAACAAGAGAGGGAGCACAAUUGAUGCUCUUGAAUCUGAAGAAUAUAAACAAAAGUUGCCAAUAAUAGCAAGGGGAACUAAAAGAAGAUAAUCAAAUAUUCAAUAACUCAAACCAUUAGAAGCUAAAUCAUGUACUUCAAACACUAAUUCAAGAAGAUUAAGACCAUCAUGUACAAUAGAAUUUAGUCGAUUUAGGCAAAUUUAAGUCUUGUAAAGAUUUCGCAAAAUUGUUUAAAUGGUUAUUAAACUUAAUGUUAUGAAAAAAAAGAAAUCUAGUAAGAAAUCUUUGGCAAAUAAAUUCUUAGAUAUUCAAUAAUAGAAUCAAUAAUUAAAAUUGAUCUUGGAAAAAGUGAUUAUCAGAAUCAAUUAAAUUGAUUAAGGAAAAAAGGAAAUCCUGACUGAUAUAGAUAUUUAAAAUGCCUUUUUGUUAUCUACUAAAAUUAAUAUGCUCAUAACUUUGCAAGAGGAAUACUUUGUAAAUAAAUCUAAAAUAUAAUAAAUGGAUGCUUGCAAGGAGUUUUAAUAUUAUUAACCUUAAAAUAACUUCACUAGAGUUCUUGAGAAAGAGGACUUUUACUAUUAGCAAAGAAAAAUUUAACCUAAUUUAGUUUAGCUUAGGAAAAAAUUAGUGUAAUAUUUAAUGUUCCCUUAGAUGUAUUUAGAAAAAUAUAAAUAUGUGAAAUUAUAAUUAGUGAAUUUGCUUACACAAAGAUAAUUUAGAGAUGAAAAUAAUAAAUCUUAAAUUAUGACUAUGAGCAAAAGAAACAAAUUUAGAGGUAAGACUUUUAGAGCACCAAAAGUUAAUUAAAUUCUUCCUAAAUGA